UGCGUCUCUUCGAGCGGGACUUUAGACUUUGAAGAUUGCCACUAACCGCCUUAUCUCUUAGUCCAGAGAUUUUUCUAAACUAUCAGAUCUUUAAAAGAGUCAUGGCCUUUCAGGUUGAAGCGGAUUUUCCACCUGGACUGACCAGUUUGAAAAAUGUUGAUACCCUGCUCAGGUGUCCCAUUUGCUUCGACUACCUCAAUAUAACAAUGAUGACCAAAUGUUCCCAUAACUUUUGCUCCUUGUGUAUUAGGAAAUUUCUGUCCUAUAAGCUACAGUGUCCUCUUUGCAAUACAGAAGCAUCAGAACAAGAUCUGAGGAACAACCGUUUGUUGGAUGACUUGGUUGGAACCUUUCAAAAAGCAAGGCAGCAGUUGUCAAAAGCGAAUUUUGACUCCCCUCCAAUAUCCCCGAAGACCCCGGCUUCAGCUGUCAAAUGCAAAACUCCCAGAGAGAAAGGCCAGAAGUGUAACAGCACCAAUUUAAGUCACUAUUUCCAAAAGAAGACUAAGACAUCUCCGUCUAGAGAAAUCCAGCAGGAAAGUUCUGCUGUUCAUUUUGCUCAGCAGGGACCACGGACUGCACGCACUUACAAUGUAAACAACUCCAAUCCGCAUUCAGCAGCUGCUCAACUUCCAGUGCGUGUGAAGGAAGAGCCCAUGGAAGUGGAGGAGGGAUCUAUUCAGAGGUUUAUGUCAAUCAAGCAGGAGGACACAGCCUCACACAGUUUCAACACAGGAGAGGAGAUAGCACAUUCUUCGUCACCAUUUAGAGACAUAAAACCUGUAUUAAAAGUGGAGUGUCCUGUGUGCUCUGUCUGUGUGCCACAGCAGUUCAUCAACAAACAUCUGGACACAUGUCUGACCAGGGGAGAGAAGAAGGAAAGUUUGAGGAGUUCCAUCGGAAAGGCGAGGCGUCCGAUGGGGAAGAUUGUGUACACCCUGCUGUCCCUGCAGGAGCUGAAGAGACGGCUGAAGCAGUGUCACCUCUCCACGCAGGGCUCACGAGACCAGAUGAUCAAAAGACACAGAGAGUUUGUCCAAAUUUACAACGCACAGUGUGACUCCCUAAACCCCAAAUCAGCUGAAGAUAUUGCCAAAGAGGUGGAAGCCAAUGAGAGGAUGAAGAGUCAGCUGCAGGGGAAAGCCAAACCUGUCAUGGUUUUCUCAAAGAAUCAGUCUGAGGAGGAGAUUGAGGAGAUGCAUUCAAAUUAUAGGAAGCAGCACAGCAGUGAUUUUUCCCGCCUGAUUGCUCAAGUUCGGGGUCGCCUGGAGACCAGCAGGCAAAAUCGUAUGAAACAGCAAGUCAUUGCAGGGGAGGACGAACAUAAACCCCACUCUGCAGAUCAAGAUCCAACAUCGAAAAGCUGCUCAGAGUUGAAGACAGAAGAGAGAGAGGCAGAUGAAAAGCUCUCUGCAGAAGUGAUUGACUUGUCUUCAAGCCCCACUUACAGUGACGUGUCCAUCAGCAGCUCUAUAUCAGACAUCUUUGGUCCAGAGCCUGCCACAAACUCUGAAGACACAGAGACCACCUCAGCCCAGAAGCGCUCAUCCAGCUCCCGAGAGGAUUAUUCAACUUCACCCCCUGCUACAGGCAAACGCCGACGAAAAACGUAAAGAAAAACAAGAAACCUGUCUUUAUUGCCAAAAAAGCACCAAUAAACUUUAUACUCAGUUUGAGGCAUAUCACAAAGUAUUUUAACACACAUUCUGCCAAGGAUUUCAUGGGUUUUCUGAAGUUGCACAAUAUGUGAAUAAAAGUUUUUUUGUAUUUUAA